ACUAAUCUGACGGAGGAACAAAGGCAGCAGACGAGAGCGCAAAGGCCUCGCAAUCAGGAUUUCCGAGCGUCAGAUCACUGGCUGACCCGAUUCAAAGAAAGAAAAAGAAUAAGCCAUCGAAGAAAGAAUAAGGACACGCGAACCCUCCCCGACAACGCUAUGGAAAUAGCGGCCGUCUAUCGUAGGGAAACGUCUCAAAUAAUCCAAAAUGGAAAUUUCCAUGUGAUCAUCAACAUGGAUGAAACAUUUGUCAACUUUGACAUGGUGCCGAAAACCACAAUGGCUACAACAGGAUCACAUUCGAUCGACAUCAGAUCCUCAAGAGGGAACGGGAAGAUUGGAUGCACGGUAACCUUGGCCGUCUCCAGCGAUGGACGAAAACUACCAGCUGAGGUCAACUUUAGGGCUUGGAUGCUGAAGGCGAAGUUAUUGCAGAACUGCGAGCCCAUGCUCCCCAGAACGUGCGAGUUACAGGUACUCCGAAUGGCUGGGCAAGACAUCAGUCAUUGAUCGAAUGGUUGCAAGCCAUUGUUGUGCCAUUUAUUGCCGGAGCAACCUUUCUCCUCAUCUUGGAUCGCUACCCUGCCCAUAGACAUCAUCUGUUUACGGAGGAAAUUCCGCGGCUAAAUGGACAGGAUUCGUUCAUUCCUGGACGAUGCACUUCAAUUUUGCAACCUUUGGACUUAACUGUAAAUCGCAGUUUUAAAUGUCAUCUCAGAUUGGUGUGGAAAGCCUGGAAGAUUGGACAUACCGAAGAUGAUGGACACUGUGAUCAGAUUUCCCGCCAGGAAGUAGUACGUAUGAUCAGUCUCGCCUGGGAAAGAGUGGCAUUCCAAGUGAUAGUCAGUGGGUGGAGACUAAGUGGACUUCUUCCGGACGGGAAUGACGACCCAGUGAUCCCGCAUCCAGCAGAUGGGGAACUUGAAGAGGUUAAUGAUGAGCUUGAGUUUGACCCUGAUGACGCUGAUGUUGACUUUCAUGAUGAA